GGCGAGUGGAUAAUUUCACCCGCCGCGAAUGCGAAUAACGCAGCGGCGCCUCUCCACCGGGAACCGCUCACCGGCCGCCACACACGAGUGCAGGAUGCUCCCCCUCGCCGCCGGCGCCGGCGCCGCGAGACCCUGCCUCUCCUCCUCACCGGCGCCGCCGGUAUCCUCGCCCGGGGCGAUUCCUCUCCUUCGCCACACUCCUAUCCCUCACCACCGCAGGCGCCCCCUCGCGGCGCUCCGAACCCGCAUCAUGCUCCUCCGGCCUCUCAGAGCCGCCGCCUCGCCGGGGCCGGCGGCGUCCUCGCGCCCGGCAAGGGACCGCGUGAUUGACUUCGGGAAGCACAAGGGGCAGAUGCUGGGCACGCUCCCGCCGUCCUACCUGCGGUGGGUCGUCGCCGAGCUCGACUACGGGGACACCGCGGCAUGGGCGAGCCUCGCGCGGGAGGUGCUCGACGACCCGGUCUACGUCGACCGCGUCGAGUGGGAGCACGCGCACCGCUUCCUCCGCGGGGACACCGACUACGACGGCGACGGCGAGGAUGGGCCGCUCCAUGAGAUGGCCGACCGCUUCGGCUGGGACCUCUCCGACGAGGAGGGGUGGAGCCGCCUCGACUUCCGCCUCCUCGGCACCUCCUACGGUGGCCGCAUCCCGCGAAAGGGCGGCCGGAGGCAAACCACCACCAGCUCCCUGUUCGACAUCGGGGCUGAAACGGACGGCCCGCGAGGGAAGCGGGACGAGAGGAGGGAGCGGAUGCGGCUGAGGAGGGAGACGCAGGUGAGGGGUGCCAAGUUGGAUAUGCUCGGGGUGAACGCCGGCGUCAAGGACGGCGGUGUUCUAGGGACGCCGAGGAAGGCCCGUACUAGGACGACGGCCAAGACGGACAUUUUGGGAUUGGGUCGGCGCAGGAGCCGCGGCGGUGAGGUGCUCGGCGAGAAGGUGUUGCCUGGUUCCGGCGGUCAGGGAGGGAACCCGUUCCCCGGCCGGCAAGCAUUCCUCGACAAGGUCAGGAAGCUGAAAGAUGAUAGCUAGUUUGGCGACUUCAGGAGAUCAGAACAAUAGGGUGAAUUGUACAUGUAAAUCUUGAUUUUGGCUGAGGAUUAUUAGUUUACGAUUGACUGAACGAUUUGUGAGAGGUUGGUUAUGCUGAAUUUGUGCAGUUGGUUGCGAGUUUGCAAUUGUGUAUCAUUGCGCCCUGUAAUUGUGAUUCACAUUUCUUACAGAGUUUGAGGCUGAGGGACAAAGGAACAAUUGAACUGUAGAAGUGUAGAUGUUAUGUGGCCUCUUGAUGAUAGAUCAUGCUCUCUGCAUUACUGUAGGCUGUUGCUCCGCAAAGCAAUGUGAACAGACCGUCUGCUAGUUGCUAUGCAUUGUGAGCUUAGCAAUGUACAUGCUGCCUGCUGGCUAGCAGGCAGGAGGCAGCACAGCUCUUAUUUAUAAAUGACUUGCCAAUCUGAAACA